AUGUAUUUCAAGACUAUCGGUGUGCCUUGCCUUAUCGUGGCGUUGUUGUUGGCGUGGUAUACAAAAAGUUCAUCGCUGAAUUCGAGGAGGAUCGAUGAUAUUCUCACUGUAGAGAAGCCUCCAGUAAAGUAUUACGAUUACGACGUGUUAGAGGAGAUGCCACAUGACCCUAGAUGUUUCACUCAAGGACUUGAAUACGACCCCUAUGAUGGUGCAUUGUUAGAAAGUUGCGGUUGGUAUAAGGAGUCUCGUAUCUUGCGUAAUGGCAAGGAAAUAUACAAGUUUAGGGCCAGUGAGUUCGCGGAGGGGAUUACCGUUGCGCAGAAAGGGAAAAUUCAUGCCUUGACAUGGAUGAAUAAAAGGGCGUAUAUUAUUGAUGCUGUUAGUGGUAAAGAGUUGAAGUCAGUUGAGUAUCCUCAUGUUGGAUGGGGCCUGGCUUAUGAUGCUGACAAGAAGGUUCUCUACUCGAGUGAUGGUAGCGAUACUCUUUACACACUAAACGUUGAAGACUUCAAGGAGUUGUCGAAGUGUAACGUAGUGGUGGAUAUCGGUGAUGGGAAAGAUCGCCCUGUUGGAAGGCUCAAUGAAAUGGAGUGGAUUGAUGGUAUACUCUAUGUGAAUAUUUUCAUGUCUGUGAUACCGCCCUCUUAUCCAUACUAUAUAGUGGCAAUCAACCCAACGACUUGCAGAGUCACUGAAAUAUUGAACUUGCGCGGUAUUCACCAUCCUACUGGGGAUCUCUUCAACUUCGUGAUGAAUGGUAUUGCCAAGUCUGGGAAAUCUGGAGGCGGUGACACGGGAGUCAGAGAGCUCAUCGUCACCGGCAAGCGGUGGGAUAAGAUGUACAGAAUUGCCCUCAAAGAGAUCGACACGCACCGUCGUCGACNNNNAAUGCUGGGAGGAGAAGCCGUAAUGAAUGAUAUUAUCCGACUCAUUGGAAAGUUUGAGUCGUUCUUGAGCUGGCUUGAUGGUAGUUGUCGUGCUGACCUCCAAAUGUAUGUAUUUGCGGCGUUGGCUCGAGGAGAUCUCCCGAAUGGAUAUGAUUCCUAUCGGAAACCUGGUGUGAGUAUGUGGGAGUUUAUGGUAGAAAGGUUGAAUGAUGGUAUACCAGUAGAUGUGGGUAAGAGUGUAAUGAUUGGUGAUGGUGGGGGAAGAGUUAAAGAUGAGUCUGAUAGAGACUUGAGGUUUGCUAAUAAUCCAUUACUUCCUCACCUUCUUAUGGUCUUCGGCCGCCUCUCCAAAGGGUCGAGUCUUCUCCUCCUCACAGUUGAAGUAUUCACAUCUGCCGGUUUGGCGUUGGGGUCGAUCUUCAUGUCGACUUGGCGUGUCGGCGCGGGUAGUCAAUACCUCUCGGGCAGCUACUACGCCGGAGGCCAUAAGGAUGAUCGACUAUCCUCCUCAUCGUCCCUUGCUGUUGGUUUCUCAUCCCGACAAUAUGGUCUGGUCUACGUAAUUGGUGAUCGUCGUCAAUCAUGGUUGGAGUUGGCCGAGUCGACCUGUGAUAGAUGGGAGACCUUCGAUGCCAGUCAGCCCCUCUUCGCCGAAGCCCCACCAUGUGUUGGUAAGUCGGUCGGUGUUGAGAAGUGUACGAUGGACUUCAACACUCAUCUGGCCGACCGAUGCAUAAUGUACAAGAGGCUGCUGAUGUUAAGUUGGUGUGAGUAUCUCAUCAUAGCAUCCUCGAGUGCCAUUCAAAUCCUCAUCGGCAUUGCCCUCCUCACGACGAGUCUGUUGAAGUAUAAACAUUACUAUGUGGUGAUGUUAUCAUUCAGUGGGGUAUUGGCUUGGUGUGGUAUUGUCGGCUACUUCAUCAUAAGUUGGAUGUCCUUCUAUCGACUGGCCAGGACGGCCACCUUCCCCUACCCCACAGUGUCCUUCGCCUUCUUCGUCAACCUCCUGGCCUGUAUGAUCAUCAGUUGGGCCGUUGCCCAUUCGGUGAUGCUCAUCCGAUCCAUCAGACCAUCAGAUGAGAAGAAGCGAGGUCGUCAUGGUCUCUUGGAGUGA